GGGGGUGGCACCUUCCGUUUUACUUUCCUUCUCCUUUUGUGGGCUUUGUUUGGUUGCCCAGAAAUUUGUCACAAAAAAAGAAAAAAAGACAACAAUGGGAAAAGAAGGGAUUGAUUGUCCAUAUUUCCACUUUCCACCACACAUAAUAGAAUUACAAUUUCCACCAGGCACCAACCAAACACCAUCCAAUGUCACACGUUUAACAAAUUAAAUAAGGGUAUACAUAUUAUCUUCAAAUGCUAAUGACAAUAGCAGAAGCAGCAAAAGCAAAAUCAUGGCCGACUUUGAUAAAUAUGUUUCCCUUGUAUUGUUAGUUUUUGCCUGGUUUCUGUUACCUUCAUGCAGUGCUCAAGAACCACCAAGCUCAGAAGCCGAUGCUCUCCUUAGAUGGAAAGCCAGCCUUCAGAGCCAAACAGUGCUACAAUCAUGGACGACCACUGCAACACGACCCAAUGCUACCACAUCUCCAAAUCCAUGCAACUGGACUGGAAUAGCUUGCAACAAGGCCGGAAAUGUAACUGAGAUAAACCUAUUCAAGGCAGCUUUACAAGGUAAGCUUGACAACUUUGAUUUCUCUUCCUUUCCAAAUCUUCUCCGUCUUGAUCUCAGUGACAACCAACUCAGCGGUACCAUCCCAACCCACAUUGGUAAACUUACCAGACUCACCUACCUUGAUCUCUCUGUCAAUCAGCUUUCUGGUGUUCUUCCUCUGUCGCUGGCCAAUCUCAGUAACCUCUCCGAGCUCUACCUUUCCAAUAACGCCCUAACCGGUGAGCUACACCCACAUCUGUUCUCUAACUGGACAAGACUAACCAACCUUGAUCUCCAAUACAAUAAUCUCACUGGGAGAAUACCCAGGGAGAUUACCCUCCUCACAAGUCUCAGAGAGCUAGUCCUCAUGAGUAAUCAGAUAUCUGGUUCGAUCCCAUCAGAAAUAGGAGAUGUCAAGAACUUGGAGAAACUGCUUUUACGAGGGAACAACCUUAUAGGCACUAUCCCUCCGUCUUUGGGCAAUUUGACCAAGCUAACCCACUUGUUCCUUGAUCUGAAUCAUCUCUCUGGAUCAAUCCCUCCCACCAUAGGCAUUUGGAGAAGUUUAACUGAUUUGCGCCUCUGCAGAAAUCGAUUAUCUGGGGUAGUACCUCAAGAAAUAGGAAACCUUUCCUUGUUGACUGUUUUCCACAUGAAUUACGACAACUUCUCUGGCCACUUACCACAACAACUCUGCAAAAAUGGUUUGCUUGUGAAUUUCACUGCAGCAGGCAACAAUUUCACAGGCCCCAUACCAGAGGGCUUGAGAAACUGCCCAACCUUGUAUAGAUUCCGGCUCGAAGGAAACCAACUCACAGGAAGUAUAGACCGCGACCUAGGAGCGUAUCCAAACCUUGAUUAUAUUGAUCUGAGCAACAAUAAGUUGAAUGGGGAGCUCUCACCGAGUUGGGGAAGGUGCCGGAACCUGACUGCAGUAAAACUUGCCGGAAACAAUAUUCAGGGUACUAUACCGGUUGAGUUUGGCCAGUUAACUAAACUGGGAGUACUUGACCUCUCCUCAAACCAACUUGUUGGAGAGAUACCGAAGCAAGUGGUACGACUCUCUUCUCUGAUUAGGCUAAGCUUGAAAGAUAACCAUCUUUCUGGCCAGAUACCAUUUGAAACUGGAGAACUAUCCAAUCUAAAUUUUUUGGACAUGUCGAUGAACAUGUUAAGUGGACCAAUCCCAGAGCAAAUAGGAGACUGCUCCAGAUUGCAGCAUUUGAGCUUGAGCAAGAACCUUUUUAAUGGAACCAUCCCAUAUACGAUAGGGAAUCUUGUAGACCUGCAGGAGUUACUAGAUCUCAGUGAAAAUUCGCUUACUGGAGAGAUACCAUCACAGUUCAAAAAGCUGACCAAGUUAAUGAACUUGAAUCUCUCCCACAAUAUGCUCACAGGUGUCAUUCCCUUUUCAUUGAGUGAGAUGGACAGCUUGACGUCGAUCGACUUAUCCUACAAUGAUUUGGAGGGUCCUCUGCCAAACAGUAGAGCCUUUCAACAAUCUCCACCAGCAGCAUUUGCUAACAACAGAGGUUUAUGUUGUGAAUCCUGUGGCUUGCAAGCAUGCAACCUAUCUUCUACAGAAGAAGGUGACAGAAGAACCAACUUCAAAUUCGUGAUUGUUAUUGUUGCCUCCUGUUCCGUCGCACUGUUUUUUCUAGUUCUAUUCAUCGGGUUCUCUGGUUUUUGCCAGAAAAUUUCAAAAAGUGAGAAGACAGGAGCAAGUGUUGCAGGAAAUGGACAUAUAUUUUCUGUAUGGAAUUACGAUGGGAGGAUAAUGUACGAAGACAUCAUUCGAGCCACAGAGGGCUUCRACAACAAGUAUUGUAUAGGGAUUGGAAGAUCAGGAAAAGUGUAUAAAGCACAGCUCUCAAAUGACCAUGUUCUGGCCAUAAAGAAACUUUCUUCUGAAGAGUCGGAGCUUGAAAAUGUGAAAAGUUUCAGGAAUGAAAUGCAGGUGUUGACAGAAACACGACAUCGAAACAUUGUGAAGCUUUAUGGGUUUUGUUGUCACUUAGACCACACAUUUCUAGUUUAUGAGUACAUGGAAAAUGGAAGCUUAUCAAAUAUCCUAAGCAGUGACAAUAGCGCAAAGAAGCUAGAUUGGAUUAAGAGGAUUAAAAUUGUUGCAGGUGUUGCCCAGGCUUUAUCUUACAUGCAUCAUGACUGCAAGCCACCGAUAGUUCAUCGAGACAUUUCAAGCAAAAAUGUUCUUUUGAACACACAGCUUGAGGCUUGUGUUUCUGAUUUUGGCACUGCAAAGUUUUUGAAGCCCGACUCCUCCAAUUGGACCACAGUUGCAGGAACAUACGGAUACAUUGCCCCAGAGCUUGCUUACACGAUGGUCGUAACUGAGAAAUGUGAUGUGUAUAGCUUUGGAGUUCUGGUGCUGGAAGUGAUAAUGGGAAAGCACCCAGGAGAACUCAUUUCUUCUUUAUCAUCAUCAAGUGAUGAAGAUAUAGUGCUGAAGCAUGUGAUGGAUCCACGUCUCUCACCUCCCACAAUUCCACAGGUUUCAAAAGCACUUGCAUCCAUUAUGAUGUUAGCGCUGGCAUGCUUGAAUGCUGAUCCACAAUCUCGACCCACCAUGCGACACACGGCUCAGGAGCUGCUUGGUCACGACCUGAGUUUUACCAAGCUCUUCGGCUCAACUGAUGUUGGGUCACCUUCACAUGGCUCUCGAUAUCUCUGAUGAUGUUGAUUAUCAUUUCCACGAUAUGAACAAAUUGCUGUGUAGAGAUUAUUA